AUGUCUCCGUACCAAGCCACUAUAAACGACGUCAAAGCUCCAACCGUGUUCGAUUUGAAGGUCAUUCGAGUUCCAAUGGAAGUCAGAACGAGAGUCUCCGUAAUCAUCCGCAUGCUUCAAGCUCAAGAGAUCAGCGUCCUAAUCUGGCUCAACCUGGCCCCAGUCGGAUUCCCUGCCGCGUUCAAUCUGGCAGCUUGUCUUCCCGGAGAACAGAGCGAAGCCAAACUUCUGAACGCGGCCGCCAAAUUCAACAAAAUAAUACCUAUAAUCAUGUUCAAGCUCAGCGACCACGAAUCUCUAUCAGCCCUCAAGAACCAAGAAGCCAACAAUCAAAUUCUCUCAGCAUUCCUCAAAAACAACGGGGGCUACUUGGAUGACAGCGACGACGAGGAGGAAGAAGAACACGAUGAGGAUGAGCCUGUCAAUUCACUCAGAUCAACCGUCGCCUUCCUCAAACGCAUCCCCUAUCCAUUUGAAUCGCGUAAUCCAACUCCCAUGCCGUCCGCCCAGUUCAACGACCUAUCACUUUUGAGUAUUUCCACUUCAGAAUCUUCGGGCAAAUCCUCUCCAAAUUCGUCUCCUCGGUACUACUGGAACAGGGCUCAACCCAAUGUGUCUGCAUCUCCAAGCAAGAAUCGUUCGCGCUUCUCCAUUUACAAAACAUAG